AUGUUACGUGAUGAUGAGGCCGCGUACACCAGCUAUUAUUGCUACCUGCUUUUGGCUCUCCUCCCGCUUCUCCUGCUCAUCUUCCUCAGGCCGCAGCUACACAAGAACCGCAACGAGGCAGCUCCACCACCGCGGCUCCCUCCCGGGCCAUGGCGCCUCCCGGUAAUCGGCAGCCUCCACCACCUCGUCAUGAAGCCGCUGGUGCACCGCGCCAUGGCCGACCUCGCGCGCCGGUACGACGCCCCCGACGUCAUGUACCUCCAGCUCGGCGAGGUCCCUGCCGUGGUCAUCUCCUCCCGCGACGCGGUGCGCGAGGUCCUGAAGACGCACGACACCGUCUUCGCAUCGCGGCCCAUGAGCCUGAGCAUGAGGGCUACCGCGCACGAGGGGCUCGGGAUCGCCUUCUCGCCCUACGGCCACCGGUGGCGGCACCUCCGCAAGAUCUGCACCGUCGAGCUGCUCAGCGCCGCGCGCGUCCGGUCCCUCCGCGCCGUCCGCGAGGACGAGGCCGCCCGGCUCGUCGCCGCCGUCGCCGAGGAGUCGUCGUCCCGGCACGGCGAGCCAGUGAACGUUAGCGCGCGGGUGGCCGUGUUCGUCGCCGACUCGGUGCUGCGCGCCAUCGUGGGCGAGCGGUUCCGACGACGGGACGAGUUCCUCGAGGUCUUGGAGGUGGGGUUGAAGAGCAUAAAGCCCGGCACGAGCCUCGGUGACAUGUUCCCGUCCUCGAGGCUCUUGUGUGCCAUGAGCAGCACGUUCCAGAAGGACAGGGAGUUCCACCGCAAGAUCGCGGAGCUGGUCAACUGCGCCAUUGAGCAGCAUGAGGAGCGAAAAGCCACCGUUGCCGUUGAUGACAACACUGGAGACAAGGACUUGAUGGGUGUUCUUCUGAGGAUACAAAAAGGAGGCCCUGAUUUCCAUCUUGACAAUGGAACCCUGAAAGCCGUGGUCUUGGUGAUCUCUGGUGGUGGGAGUGAGACUACAGGAACAACACUACUAUGGACAAUGUCGGAACUCAUGCGAAAUCCUAGAGCGAUGCAAAAAGCACAAGCAGAGGUGCUGCGUGUUUUACAAGGAAAAGAAAGGGUAACUGAGGAUGAUUUGACCAGCUUGAAGUUCUUAAAGCUUGUUAUCAUGGAAACAUUGAGACUGCAUGCACCAACACCUCUAUUGAUGCCAAGAGAGUGCAUGGAACAAUGCAACAUCCUUGGAUUUGACAUACCUCAAGGUGCACCCGUCUUGGUGAAUGCAUGGUGGAUGGCAAGGGAUCCAAAAUACUGGGACCAAGCUGAAGAAUUUAAGCCAGAGCGAUUCGCGGAAGUUAAUGUGGAUUUCAAGGGGACGUACUUUGAGUACAUACCCUUCGGAGCAGGGAGGAGGAUGUGCCCAGCCAUAGCAUUUGCAGAAGCAAACAUGGUGUUAGCACUUGCUGCCCUCCUAUAUCAUUUUGAUUGGCAGUUGCCAUCUGGAAUGUCACCAAGUGAGAUAGACAUGGAGGAGGACAUGGGUAUCACUGUACGCAGGAAGAGGGAUCUUUACCUUUGCCCAACUGUUCGCGUGCCUCCACAUGUUACUGCAUAA